AGAGCUUGCUCUUCCCUCACCAAAAGCAGGAGGCAGCUCUCGCUGUGUGGAGUUAGCUUGAGGGCCCCUCAGGUUCUGCCGCCGCCACCCCAUUUUCUCACACGCGAAGGAAGAGCCAGGAGGAGUAGGAGCAGCGGGUUGAGCUAAGCCCGGUGUGAGGUGAGGCUCCUCCGCUUGUUCAGCCUCACGUCCGUGUCUGCCUGCCUCUCUCUCGCUUUCCCCGCUUCUCUUUCCCAACAUGUCGGCGCCGGCGGCCAAAGUCAGCCAGAAGGAGCUCAACUCCAACCACGACGGGACCGACGAAAUCUCAGGUACAAAGGCCGAAAACGGGGGUUUGUGUGGAACGUGGAAAUGGUGGGCGGUGCCCUGCGGGCGGGAGUGAAGCGCGAGAGACAUUCAGGUUCUUUUGCACCUCCGCAGCCGCCAUCUUCUCCAGAAACAGCAGUGGCAGCCACCACAGGAGGCGGGAAGGGGAAGAACGCUUUGGAGCUGCGGGGGGGGGGGGCUCGCUCGUGUGGGCCGGAUGUGUAGGACGCGGCGGCUACAGCCAAGCAAGGAAAAGGAGACCAUGUUAAAAUUCUUUUGUCUUCCACGCGGUGGACACUCGCUCGCUUGUUCUCCCUUCGUUCCUUUACUUUUCUCGCUUCUCUUGCAGCAGCGGCAGCUGCAGUAAGAGGCCUCAUUUUUCGUUCCCUUUACAUCAGUCUUUUCCCUCCACAUCGUCGCGGACUCCUCGGGAACUGUGCUCCCCGGCCCCCUUUUUGCUUGCCCGCCAUGAUUGGCUUUCCUGCGCGGCAUGGCUUCGGGUUACAGCAGCUUUUGCAGUUUGGAGGGUAGUAGCGCGUUUGGGGUUUUUUUUUUGGGGGGGGGAAGCUCCUGUGCUUCCUACAUUCAUGUUUUUGUAUAUAUAUAUGCUGGAAGCCGCCCAGAGUGGCUGGGGCAGCCAGAUGGGCAGGGUACAAAUAAAUUACUAUUAUUAUUAUGUGGAUCGCUAAUUCCACCACUACCACGUGCGGCUGUGGCGUGGCUUCCUCGACUAAAUCUCUUUGUAACUUUUUGCAGCGCAAUCUGUUAUUCCGGCUUAAUCCUCUCUAACAAAAUAAUAUAAAUACACUUAGAUUUCCAGUUGCUGCAGCUUAAAAAAAAACGGUGUUUGGUUUUUAAAGUGACUAUAGUUUUCCAUGUAUUGGAGAGAAGCGCUUCCCCCCCUUAGUCGCGCUGCUUGUAGCCCCGCCCCCGCGUUGGAUGGCAGAGACCAGCCUACUAGAGAGUUCCCAGCGUCCGGCUCUGCGCACGUGUUUCCUCCGCCUUCAUUUUUACCCGCCUUAAAAAAUAAUUAAAAAAAACCUGGAGGGAUGAACUGCAAGGUGAUUGUGCUUCGGUUGCCUUCAAUUGCACGUGAGUGAGGCACGUUGUACAGUACAGAUGAGUAGGUCGUGCAAAAUUAAAACUUGGUCCCAAGUAAAUUGUAUGGAAUUGCAGCCUUAGGUAGGCCAUAGGUGAAGUGGGCGUGGGGGAUCCUCCUAGAAAACUUUUCUGUCUAGGUUUGUGGGAUCCUGCCUUCUGGGUUUUUUAAUAGCUGCUUCACACUGCCUUUCUGUUAUCCGAAAGCAUGCUCACCUACUCAACUCUGUGUUUUAUUUCAUAAAAAAUAGUAAUCCAGGAAAUCAAUGUGUUCCCAAGUAUGUUAUAUAUAGUUUUUCAGUUAAGUUAAACUGGUCAGUUGUAUAGUUGAACAAGCUUUUGGAUCUAUUUAAAGUGCCCUGAAUGGUCUUAAAGCUUACUAUACUGUCUUUUAGAUGAGCGUGACUGGCAAGUUGAGAAAUUUUAGAACAAGCAAAAUAUGUUUUACUGGAGCAAGAAAGCUAAAAUAGUGGCAAUAUCUUGAUCUGGAGGGAUUUGGCAACAGGUUUGGGUGGCAUGCUUAUUUGUGUUAGGAUAAAGUCAAAGUUCAUAGAGGUUUUUUGAACCACAUAAUAAGAAGUAAGGCUAAAUUACUCUCCAAAAUGUAUAGACUCUUACUGGAUUGGGAAGUGCUAGAGGAGGAGGUUAAAUCUGUGACAAUUCAGUGGUCUAAAGACUUUGGUUAUAAUAUUUAGAUGGCAUCUUGGGGAAAGCUUUGGAAAAAGGACAUAAAGUUUACGGCUUGCUAUACGUUAAAAGAAAACUACAUGGCGAUGUUCUGCUGAUUGUACAUUAUGCUAAGUAAGCUGGUGACAGUGUAUAAAACCAGCUCAAAUCUUUGCUGGAGAUGUAAAGAAUCAGAGGGAACAAUGUACCACAUGUGGUGGAAAUGUAAAAAGAUUUUAAAAACUGCUGGGAAACUAUAAUGAGCUUUAAAAAAUGUUCAAAUUAACUGUCAUCAAAAAGCCCGAAGCCUUUUUUAGGUAUUAUUGCUGCAGAUAUACCAAAAGAAUUAAGAAAGAUGUAUGCAACUACUGCAGUGAGAAUAUUAGUAGCUAGAUGGUGGGCUGGAGAUAAAACAACUAAAUUGGAAUGGCAGGUGAAGUUAUUUGAAUAUGUAGAAUUGGCAAAGAUGACAGGGAAAAUCAGGAAUCAAACCAAGAGUUUAACAAAGAAUGGGAUUUAUAUAUUUAAAAGAACAUUGUUCUCAGAUAAAAUCUUUGAAAUGUCUUGAAUAACUUCUGCAACAAAAUAUUCUACCAAGAAUAUGGACAAUUAAUGGUAAGUUUAAAAAUAUGCAAUUAUGCAGUCAACAAAGUAAUGAUGGACCCAUAUUGAGGAUGACGGAAGUCACAAUAUACGGAAGAAUCAUAUUUUCUAUGUAAAAAAUUUUUUGUAUGUGAGGUGAUUUGUUUUCUUGUUGUUUUGUGGUGGAGGGAUUUAAUAUUUAAAAUCAAUAAAGAUUAAAAAAAUUAAAAAGUGGCAAUAUCAUCAAUAAUGUUGAAAAAUAUCUUGUGAAUAGACAAGAACAGCUCUUUUUACCUGUAGACUUGGGCCCAGAUUUUGGAUUAAAGUUUUUCAGCACAGUAUUAUGCUAGUUUAUACUCAGGAUUUUCUUUUUUUUAAAAAACCCCAAAAACCCUUAACUUCCUGUUUUAAGUGUGCAAAGGAUUGCAGCUUAAGGAAGAAAAUACUAUGUUUCUUUGUUAAAAUAUAUCCUCAGGAAAGGGGAGUUUGAGCAACUGAAUACACAGUCAAAAAGCACUGCAGAUUGAGAAUCAUUCAGGUCAUCCAUCCACAAUAUGGAUACUUGCAUUGAAUUGUGUUACUAAUUGGAAUUUGACUUGAGCCACUUUUUUUCCAGACAAAGAGCAACAGGAAGCAAUUGAACAUAUUGAUGAAGUACAGAAUGAAAUAGACAGGUAACCCAGAUGGUGUUGUAGCUGUUUUUUUUAGAAUACACUUAAAACUACUCUACAUAUAUUAUAAUAAUGUAGAUAUUCCAUAAAACAGCAUUGCUUGUAACAUCUGAAGUCUGUUUCAUGGUUAGACACAGUUUCAUCUCUUAAUAAAAAGAUGAAAAGGAAACUGUUCGGAGCCAUAAGAAGCUCUUACCUUUUGGACAGAGAUGUUCAUAAAUUAUGUGAGCCAAGGCUCCUUAAUCAGAAAUGCUGGCUAUGGGUGUGCAAGGAGGAAAAAAAACAUGCCUCCCCCCCCCCCCCCCAUCCCACUACCAGCAGCAACAAAUGCAGCCUAGCUACUGAAACUACAUAACUUUCAGCCUGUCAGCUUGUUUGCAUGCUUUCUUGCUUCUCUUCUGUGGAUUUUACAUAAGCUAUAAAAGUAUUUCAAAAGUGCAGGGGAUUGAAAAAUAAAUCAAUGGGAAACUAAAUUGUUUUAUUUUUUAUUCCUUUUAUGCACACCUAGUGUCAGCAAUCAAACAGGCAAAUUGGGCCAUUGUAAUGCUGAAUUUUCUGAGUUAGUGAGUAAAGAAUUUAGAGCCACAGUUAAAACAGAUUUAUAUGUGGGAAAUGCUGUGCAGUAUGGUAGCAUACUGUACUUUCCUCUGUCAAUGCCGGUCUUUGACCUGAGAAUGUGUACUACUGUACAGUUAGGACUGACUUCAUCACCAUUCAGAUAUUUGGUUCUGAUCUGUAAGGAUAGAUUUGUGUUGUGUGUUUAGUGUUGUGGCUUGUUUGAACCAAAAAUGCCACACUUCAUUGAACACAUCAACUGAAGACCCAGUUCUGUUGGUUUCAGAUUAAAUCUUCUAAUUUAAAAAAUCUGUUGAAUUCCAUGCUGCUUUGAUACUUCCCUUAAACCUCAGAUUUCCCACUGUGUUUGUAUAUUGUCUUUGCUAUAUAGACUGAAUGAACAAGCCAGUGAGGAAAUUUUGAAAGUAGAACAGAAGUACAACAAACUCCGCCAACCAUUCUUUCAGAAGAGGUCAGAAUUGAUCGCCAAAAUCCCAAAUUUUUGGGUAACAACAUUUGUCAACCACCCACAAGGUAUGCUAAAGUCCUAUAUUUUCUUAAAGCUUAAUUUUAUAAGCUUAUUUGUAAUAAUUUUGUAAAGUGACUUCCAAUAUUCAAUAUCCUAUCUCAACAAGACAGCCUAUCAAAAAAUAGCUUAGAUGUACUCUUUCCCAAAUGUGAAGUCUGUGAUUCAAAUUCCUAAAUACUAGUUUUCAUUUCAAUUAUUUGGUUGUAUUGAGCAGUGUUGUUGAGUUGGCAGCAAGGCUUCUGUCAGUGGAACCUCUGAAGAAGUUGGGAGGAGGAGUUGCUCCUGGAGGCAACCCAAUUCACUUAAACUUCAGGCCUCAAUAGUCUGUAAACGUAGUUCAGAAAUAAUUCAUUAGAAAUUAGGUUGUAUUAGUUGAUUGGUGCAUAUGGCCUGUAACAACUUAUUAUGGACAUAGUUUGAAAACCCUGAAGCAAGAUAUAUUUUGGAGAAGAGCACAACUGUAAGUUUAAGAAAUAAAAUUAAGUAGGGUGGUGGUGCUAAAGAAUAUGGAAAACAAACUUUGGAUGGAAAUUUUUGUAAUUUUGACAGUAUCUGCACUUUUGGGAGAAGAAGAUGAGGAAGCUCUCCAUUAUUUGACCAGAGUUGAGGUGACGGAGUUCGAAGACAUCAAAUCAGGUUACAGAAUAGAUUUUGUAAGUAAAGGUGUGCUGCACCUUCCUUACCACCUAUGUGGAUGGCUGAGAGAACAGCCUGAUAACUCCCCGAGGCCUUGCUUUGAAAUCCAUAUGCCUUGUAUUGGUAGCUACAUUUUAUGUUCUCUUGACUGCAGUAUUUUGAUGAGAAUCCAUAUUUUGAAAACAAGAUGCUCUCUAAAGAGUUUCAUCUGAACGAGAGUGGGGACCCAUCAUCAAAAUCAAGUGAAAUCAAAUGGAAAUCUGGGAAGGUAUGUAGCUGUUUGUGUUUCUUUAAAUCAGUGUCUAUUUUGAAACAGUGUUUCUUUUCCCUGCGUGAUUCGUGAUUCUAGCCACUAGUGCAGGCAGUGGCUGUUUUUGGUGUGCCCAAUAUCUGCACAACUGCACACAUGCCAAACACAGAAUUGACCCCAAAAAAAUCACAAAAGGAGGGGUGCAGUAUGGGGCAGCCUUACAUGGACCCUGCCAACAAGGAGGGGGGUGGUCUGGAACAUAACAGUCACACAAAUCGGUUGCUGCCUGUACCAUCUUCUCCAGCUAGAAUGGUUUCCUCCAGACAUGGGUGCAACAAAGCAUGAUUGUACCUCUGUUGUGGAGUUAAGGUUGUUCUGUGUUUCAGAGCUGAAAACAAUGCUAAUAUACUGUAUUUCACAUCUGGCAACCCAUGCGCCCCUCUGGUUUCAGAUAGUACAUGAGUAGACAAGUCUAAAAAGCUCUAGGAGGCUUAGUUCAGUCAGAAUAGAGUAUACACUUCCAGAGUUAAUGCUAAAUACAUUACUUCGGUAAAUGACCUACCAUAGCUGCUAAAGGACCAUGAAAUAUUUGUGUCCCAGUCUUUUUAGACUCGCCUAUCCAUAUCCUUUCUGAAAUCAAAGGGGCACAUUGUUUGCCAGGUGUGAAUUUUUUUUAGCUCUCCUACCCCACUAAGUGAAAUUCAUAAGCUACUCCUGAGAUUGGUAUGAGAACCUUAUGAAGCAAAUAAUACACGUGAAGACCAAUCUGUGGGUUGUAGCCAGUGUUAGUCAUACUUGGAGUAGUUCCAUUGAAAUUAAUGAGCAUUCAGUGGGUCUCCUCUGAGUAGAACUUAGUUGAGUGCAACCCUUUUUAUAGUGUGAAGGGAAAUGGUUAAUCUAUAAAAGAGCAUGGUAUUAGUCUACUGCUGAGAGAUGGAAAAGGGACAAGCAUAUACAAAUCUUAAAAGCUAAUUGCUUCAAUUUAUUUAUCCAUUUAUAUACAUUUUUUAUUCUGCUCUUCCAGGUUGCUCAGAGUAGCAUAUAUGGUUCCUCCCUUCUGUCCUCACAACAACUUUGUGAGGCAGGUUAGACUCUGAGAACUGACUGGCCUAAUGUCAUCCAUUCAGUUUCAUGGCUGAUUGAGGAUUUGAGUGUUGUGUUGUAACCAGUGUGCUACACUGGUUCUGAGUAACUCUUAUAAAGAGACCCGAGGAGGGUUGGAUGUCAAAUUUUAGUAACUCAGUUGUUUGAACUUUGCUACUUGUCUGGCCUAGAAUUGUCAGAAGAUUCAUAUUAAGAAGGGCAAAUCUGGUAGGUUUAUUCCUCCCCCCAUCAAAUAUUUUAAUGGAGAGAACCAAUAAUGCUUUGAUUGGGUUGUUCACAAGGGGAUGUGACCCUGUUGUAAAAGUACAGCUGAUGGUCAUGGGAUAUUCUUAAUGAGAAGCUAUGUUUCCUUCAACACUCUGGAAUUCUCUACUGUGUUAAUGUGUUGCAUCACAUCUACACAAUUUAAAGUGCCCUUAUACCACUUCCCCAAAGAAUCUAGGGAACUAUAGUUUAAGGGUGCUAAGAGUUGGGACAUCCUUAACAAACUACAAUUCUUAGCAUUCUUCGUAUGGAAGCCUUGACUGUUGAAGUGGUAUGAGUGCUUUAAGUGUGUGCUGUGGAAGAAGUGACCUUUGUAGAACUACUUCAAAAUGGCCAGAUUGUUUGUUAUGUCUCAGGUGCUUAGUCUUUGUUUUUCCAAAUGGCCACUUUUUUCUGAAAUUGAUGGGGAUAUCAAAAUCAGUUUGAUGUUCCUUAUCACACAAUCCUAUUCAGUAAGUGGCUUGGUAGUCUCUGAAUAAAGAUGACAAAUAGCAGUCACGUAAGUUAAAGUGAAUGCUUUUUUGAUGGAAAAACUAAUUUUCAAAAGAAAGUUAUGAUUUCUCUUGUGUGGGUUUUGUUAAAGGAUCUGACAAAGCGUUCAAGUCAGACACAGAACAAGGCCAGCAGAAAGAGGCAGCAUGAAGAACCCGAGAGUUUCUUCACUUGGUUCACUGACCAUUCUGAUGCUGGUGCUGAUGAACUAGGAGAGGUCAUUAAAGAUGACAUCUGGCCGAACCCAUUACAGUACUACUUGGUAAGGGUCUUCUAAUGAGUUUACACCAUGCUUGUAGCAGGGUGUUUAUGGCUGGUUUAAGACAAAUAAGCUAACAGUAGCAUAUAUUGUUGUUCUUUGAAUAAGGUUCCUGAUAUGGAUGAUGAAGAAGGUGAAGGAGAGGAAGAUGACGAUGAUGAGGAAGAAGGAGGCUUGGAGGACAUUGAUGAGGAAGGUGACGAAGAUGAGGGUGAAGAUGAUGAAGAUGAUGACGAGGGAGAAGGAGAGGUUGGAAUGAUUGAUAUUUUCCAUUUAGCAAUGGCUUGUUAAUAGAAUUGUAGAAUUAGAAAGGACCCUGAGGAUCAUCUAGUCUAACCCCCUGCAUUUCAGGAAUGUGCAGCUGUCCCAUACAGGGAUAAAACCUGCAUCCUUGGUGAUAUCAGUACCACUUUCUAACCAACUUACCUUGUAAGUUGCAACUUUGCCAGGUUUGAGUUGAGAUUCAUUUGGCCCCAUGAUUUCUUAAGCUUGUGUGACUCAUAUUCUGAAUACAUGUAUUGAGUUCAAUAAGGGCGUGUUCAUGGUAACUUUAUGAAUGGCAAAUAUUAUAAGCACUUGAAGGAUUUUUACUAGUUUACCUGCUAUUUGUGGCACAAGAAUUGACUGGAAACUUCUCCCUACCUGUUGUGUGGAGACAAUAGUUCCUUGCUAUGGGCUACCUAACAGCUAGCAACUUCAGGUGUGGUUAAGGACGAAGUGGCAGUGGUAUGUGUGUGUUCUGCCUGGUGUCAGGCAACUUUGUUAUCUCUGCAUGCAUCUAAACUUUGUGUGCCAUAGUUUUGAGCGACUUGGGUUAAGUAGCUGUGUAAUUCAGAGGAUCUCUUGGUAUGGAAGAGCAGUGUUUUAAAAGUAUAGGAGGUUUGCUCAGAAGUGUGUCCAGCUGUGUUUUUGUUUAUAUUUAAUUAUGAAUUAGAUUUAUAUUCCACCCUUCAUCAUAAGAUUACAUGGUAAAAACAAUCAGUACUUUUUUCUAAAAAAAUGUUUAGGGGUACUCUCAUUUUCCUACUCAUAUUGAAAUACUGCCGCUCAAUGAGGCCAAACCUAGAUUCAGAAAAUGUUUAGGAGUAUGCGUAGCCCCAGAAAAAAAACACUGAAAACAAGUAAAUGAAUAAAACAAAGUAAGUAAAAACAGAACCGCAAAAAAAUUAAUUGUGAGAGUCCCUUUAGCAAGCAUUGUAAAUGAAUAGCAACCUUGCCUUGUGAUGUCUAGGUAGAGCAGAAAGGAGGAUUGUAGAGCCUCUCCUGGAAAAGCAACAACAUAGUGAUUAAUAAGGAGAGAAUGGGUGGUAUGAUGUUUGUAUUGAUGUGAUGAUUACUUAGCAAUGUGUAAAUUUUGUAUUUCAACAGGAAGAUGAAGGAGAAGAUGACUGAACACUGACAGAUUCCAACCACCACCCCUCUUUCCAGUCCUAGGAGCAAGUUGCUAUUUCCCCCUGCCCCCUCCUUUUCGUUGCCUUGUUCUCCUGAGGUCUCUUCCCCCCCCCCUUCCUCUUCACUAUGGUUCACAAAUAAAUUUUGGAGAAAAUAUCAAGCGACAUACCGUGGAAAUGAAACCUCUACCUUCUACCCUUUUUUUUAUUAUUCCUGUUUCGAAGCAAAAACAAAAGAACUGUUAAUGGAAUCAACACACCGUGCUUUGUGGGGAAGAAAAGAAGCCUUCUGCUCCCUUCAUUCUGCUGGAAACUGAAGAGUGCUAGGCCCCUGUGUAGUAGUGCAUAGAAUCUAGCUUUUUCCUCCUUUCUCUGUAUAUUGGGCUCAGAGAUUACACUAUCUCUCUAUGUGAAUAUGGACAGUUAGCAUUUACCAACAUGUAUCUGUCGUCUACUCUUUUUUUAUUCUUUUAGCUUUUUCAUUUUUAAAAAACGAGGGAGUUAUAGACAAGGCGGCAAGCAGGGUUGGGUUUCAGAUGUUAGGGUGGGUUAAAUGGGCAUUUUGACAAAACAAGGCUCAUUUGGCAUGCUCGUUUGCGUGUUAAAAAGAUGAGUUAAAAAACAAAAUCUCCUAAUUACAGUUGAGCCCUGCCACUUGAUGGAGAAUCAACAGAACCUGUAGGAUCUUAUGUUGAAUUUACAUUCUCUGUUAUACUUUUGUUCUUCGUUUUGUUUUUUGUUUGACUGGGAAAAGGAAGGCUUAAAUGUUAAAAAGUGUACAAGUUGCUUUGUUACAAUAAAACUUAACAUGUACACAAGGAGGCUUAUAUUCGUCACUGGGGGGGAUGCUUCUGACCCCACCCCUUUGGUUUCUCAACAUGUAAGUUCAAAAUCUUUUGGCCUAAUAUGUUCCAAGGAAGAAAACUGCAAAAAACCAGUUGUGCAUUAAAAAUGAAAACAAGCCCCUCAAGCAGACUUGCACUUUCAUGGGUUAAGGUUGGAGCAGAGGCGUAGCAAGGUCAGGUGGUACCCAGUGCAGCAUUUUGUCACCCCCCCCCCCCCCUUGAAAUUAUUAAAAGAAGGAAAAAUAAGAUACA